AUGCAAACAUUUGUCUCAAUAGCACAGAAUGCCUGGGGAAUAUUUAUAUCCGAAAGGAAGCCUGGCUGGAAGUAUCUGAUGCAGCUUUUUGCAGUUUGCUCUGCAGUUGGCUUCCUCUCAAGCUUUCUCUUACUCCUUGGCACGCACUUCUCCCUGGCACACCACCCUUUGGGUCCCUUACUGAUUUCUGGAUUCAUCUGGGUCUUCCUUUCUAUCGCGCUCUCCUGUUUCAAGCACCUGCGCUGUUUUAGCAUCCUGUUCCUUCUUUCUUGCGGACUGCAAAAUGCUCUUAUUACUGUUGGCACAGGCAUCGUGGUGGCCGGCCACAUCCAAAAUAUUUUUCACAACCUGAGGGUUCUGGCAGACAGUAUAACCUGUCAUUUGGAGUAUGAGCAAUUUGCCUUGAUAAAAUAUUAUGUUGAGGCAGUAAAGUGGAUUUAUGAGGUGGCCAAGCAUUCCACUGAAUUACCUAAAGGUAUAGUGUUCCUAAGGCAGGAAUUCACACCAUCUUAUUCCAUUUCAAAUGAUGCAUUAAAGCAAGAGCUAAAUGACACAAAGCAAGAAAUCCAGAGAGUUGCUAACCAGAUAUCUUUUAUUCUGACAAUACUGCCCUAUAUAGGUCAGAAAAUAUUGCCUAUAGUGGGGAUUUUUCUAGCUUCUUUUGGAACUGGCCUCUUUAUGAAAAAAUUCAUGGGCUCUCAGAGUGCCAAAUUUAAGAAUACUUAUAUCACUAAACAGUUCAUUGCAUUUGAUGAGCACCAAAAACAACAGAAAAGACUCUGCCUUCUGCCACUUAACAGAAAAGAAAGAAAAGAUUAUGUGACAAUCCCAUCUUUCUGCCUCACAAGAAAGGACAGAAAAAACAUGCAGUAUUUUUUUCUCCCUGUAAUUAUUCAUCUUUGCAUCUGGCUUCUGUUUGCUGCAGUAGAUUAUUUGUUUUAUUGGUUAAUUAUUUCUGUGAAUAAACAUCUCCAAGAAGUACCGGAUCUAGAGAUUCAACUCAGCCUCUUCCAGCAA